AUGAACCUUAGCAGCACCGCUUCCACUUCAGGUCGCGCGCCAGCUCGAAAUAUUGUAACCACUGCAAGUGGACCAACGUCGUUUGCUCGUCGUAAUAUAGGAACAAAUCCUGCUUUAGCGUGGCGUUUGAUGGUGAGUGAACCAAUGGUGAAACACAUUCAAUCAUGUACAGUUGCUGAGGCACGACACCAACUUAGAGAUGAUAGUAACUGGCAUUUUACUCUGGAAGAACUUGAUGCCUUUUUUGCCCUCCUGUAUGCCUAUGAAGCACUAGGCCAUUCAAAACUCUGUGCAGAUGAUUUGUGGAACAUGAAUUGGGGACCAGCUGUGUUCAAAGAAACAAUGUCACGCAAUCGGUUCCGUGAAACAAUGCGGUAUCUCAGAUUCGAUGUCUGA